AUGCAUCUACCUGCUGGAGCUAAUGCAUACUUCCAACCUGGUUGUGCAAAGUGGCGUGGACUUUGGAUAAGCGUGAUCAUGAUUACCCAAUCAGGAAGGAAACCGGAAGCCAUCGACUGCGGUGGUUCCACCAACAUGAGUUUCGGGGGUCGUGCUUAUGUCGCCAACUGCUUGGUUUCGUGCCAGCUGGUGAUCGCCAUAUAG